AUGCAGUGGAACGACAGCUCGUUGGCGUCAACAGGGGCAGGGCUGGGUUCGGGCCUGCUGCCCGCAGCAGGGCCUGGGGCUGGAGUGUGCGCCGUGGCCCUGGAGGAGGGCCUGGAGCUGGGCAACCUGUCCCUGCGCUGCUGGCUGCAGCUCCUCUCCCAGGAGGAGGCGGGCGAGCAGCCGGGCGACGCCAGCGCCAGCCUGGCCGUGCGCGUGGUGGUGGCGCUGGUCUACCUGGUGGUGUGCGCCCUGGGGCUGGUGGGCAACCUCCUGGCGCUCUACCUGCUGCGCUCGCGCCACCGCCUCAAGCACUCGGCCAUCGACUGCUUCGUCAUGGGCCUGGCGGUGACGGACCUGCAGUUCGUGCUCACGCUGCCCUUCUGGGCGGUGGACACGGCGCUGGACUUCCGCUGGCCGUUCGGCUGGGUCAUGUGCAAGGUGGUGAGCUCGGUGACGACGCUGAACAUGUACGCCAGCGUGCUGUUCCUGACGGCCAUGAGCGUGGCGCGCUACUGCUCGCUCUCCUCGGCGCUCAAGAUGCACUCGCCCAAGACCACCGUGACCGAGGUGCGGUGGGCCAGCGUGGGCAUCUGGGCCGUGUCGCUGCUCGCCACGCUGCCACACGCCGUCUACUCCACCACCGCGCAGGUGUCCGAUGACGAGCUGUGUCUGGUGCGUUUCCCUGAGUCUGGUCGCUGGGACCCCCAGCUGCUGCUGGGCCUGUACCAGACGCAGAAGGUGCUGCUGGGCUUCGUCUUCCCCCUGGUGGUCAUCACCUGCUGCUACCUGCUGCUGCUCCGCUUCCUGGUGCGCCGCCGCGUGGCCAGCAUGCCGCUAGGGGGCGCCGUCGGCGCGGGGAUGUCCUCGGGGGCCGGGAUUCAGCGGCGCAGCCGCAGCUCGCGCGUCACCCGCUCCGUGGUGGUGGUGGUGCUGUCCUUCUUCCUGUGCUGGCUGCCCAACCAGGCGCUGACGCUCUGGGGCGUGCUCAUCAAGUUCGACCUGGUGCCCUUCACCAAGGCCUUCUACAACGCCCAGGCCUACGCCUUCCCGCUGACCGUGUGCCUGGCGCACGCCAACAGCUGCCUGAACCCCGUGCUCUACUGCCUGGUGCGCCGCGAGUACCGCGCCGGCCUCAAGGAGCUGCUGCUGCUGCGCCUCCGGGCCACGCCCUCCCUGCGCAGGCUGGCCAAUCGGGCGCUGGCGCUGCGCCGGGGCAAGAAGGUGGCCGAGGCCGAAGCCCCUCCCACCACGGCGACCAUCGUCAGGAAAGGGGGCGUGGCUCCAGAGACGCCGCUGCCUGCGGCACCCCAGGACACGCCCACGCUGGCCGUGGUGAAGUUGGACAACGGCAUGUGAUUGGACGGAGUGGGCGGAACCAUGUACAGCAUGGGAUUGGAUGCUGUGGUGGAUGGAAGCAUGCCAUUGGACAGCUGGACAGACUGGUAGCCGUGGAAAUGGACCCUGUCAUGUGAUUGGUCAGUUAUGAUGUGGACACAGCACAUGAUUGGAGAAGCUGUCUUUGGUGGAAAGUGAUGCUGGCUUUGGGAUUGGACAGAGUAACA